CCCAAGCUCCCCCUAUUUUCCCUAGCAUUAGCCAUUAGCCAUUACAGUUUACGGCAGCUGUUCUGGAUCCUUUAUCCUUCCAAAUUUCUGUUUUUGUCACUGUCGUGCUUUUGUGAGAGACUGUGAGAUGGUUUUGUUAAAUAGCAAUAACAAUGAGGAACAGGAUAUAAUCCUGAAUGAGCCACGCUGCUCAUCUCUACCCAGCUCUCCUGCAAAACGUGUUUCUCCUGCCAAAAAGAAGCAGUUUUUUAUUAACCAGGCCAUUCGUAACUCUGACCUCACUCCCAGAGCCAAGGGCAAGAAGAGUCUGAGACGACAGGAAAACACUCGUUUUCUGGACAAUCUUUUGGAACGGGACGAGUGCUCUAAAGAGGAUGGUGAAGGGCAUGAAACAGCCUUGCCCACCAUCUUCACUGAAGCCUGCACCAAUGGAAACUAUGUGGAGUACUGGAGUGAUUUUAUGAAUCGUUCUGGAGAGGAGCAAGAGCGACUAUUGGCUCUGCUGGAGGAGGAGGCCCAGAGGACCCACUCUGAGAAGAGCCAUAAAGACCAAAGAGAAGUAAAUCCUGCCUUCAGCGCUCAGGAAUGUUUUCAGAGAAUUGAUCGGCGGCUGCGUGUGACGCUGAGACGCAGACAGAUUCCCAUGGGAGUGUUGGAGGGUCUGGAGUCCAGUCUGCUGGGAUUCUUCAAGGCACAUCCACAAUCAGUUUACACAACCAAACUCAGCAGCAGUUAUGAGCGACUGCUGCUUCAUGCUGUCUGUCAGUACAUGGCUCUGACCUCUGCUAGCUCUGACUGUAAUGGUGCUCGACAGACAGAGGUGGUCAACAAACAGGAAGAGUUCCUCCCUCCGCAGCCUCUGCUCUCUGUCUACCUGGAGCAGCUGAGCUGAACUGCUAAGAAUCCUGGCUACAACCAGUGCCACUGAUGUUCAUCCAGCCAGAUCCGGCACCGCUGCCCUUAAAAAUAAAGCUUGACCUUAACCUGGCCAGCAUGAACUGUGCACAUGGCAUUAUGUCAUGGGACCUGGCCUACAGGCCUUGCCCUUUUAGAGAGACAGGGCUAACUAGAUUAUUGUACUCUCAGUGUCACUAUCUCUUUCAUUCAGUUUUUAAAUGCAUUUUGGAGCAUGUAUUAGUAGAUGUUGUUACUACAACUGUCUUUAUAAAUUAUUCUUUUUUUCCCAUGUCGCAGACAGAAUGUUUACAUUUACUGUCAUGGAAUCCUUGUAUAUAAAUAGAAACAUAAUUGUGUGUCCUCAAGACAAGGCAGAAAAUGAUUUGAUGAUUACUGUUUUAGAUGUUCACAAUCUUAUCAGGAAAAUGAAUUGAAUGGGUUUAGAUAUUCAUGUCUCCAAUGUUAUACAAGCCACAUAUAGUCACUGUCAAAAAAUGUACAACUCAGGCUCCUACGAAAGGAUGACAUAUAAAUCAGCACAUGUAUCACAAAUAUCAUGAUGGUUAUGCAGUUAUUGUUAAUUUAUACUUGUGUAACCUGUUUAUUCACACAUACUGCACAACUUUUUACAAUUCACGUGCAUUUGAUAUGUGCAGACUUGUAAUUCCACUAAUUUACUUAAGCCAAUCCUGCCUGACAACUAAAGAGUGAUCAGUUGACCUUUUAUAUCCAGCAUUCUGUAACUUGAAUUUGAGUACAACAGUACUUUUCAUAUUUGUUAAUAUGCUGUGAUCAGGUCACACACUUCUUUUUUCUAAUAAGGAUCUGCCAACAUGCACUUAAAUGCAUUAUGCCUUACCUGUACACACCAUAUUUGUCAGUUAUGCAUUUUUGUAUUUAUAUAUUGAGCCGUUACAUCAAGGUUAUGGUUUACAAAGUGAAAAAAUCUUUUCAUGUUUUAUACCAUCAAGAGUCCUGAGACACUUGAGCAUUAAUUACAAUGGUGUUUAUAACCAAAGUGUGUGUGUCUACAGUGCUGAUUCUCAGGCAUCAACCAUCAUGAAUGUGGACUUUAAACAUUUACUUUGCUCAUAUAAUCACCUGAAAACCAGGUGUGUUGAACCCUUUUGAAAGGAGGAGCGGUGUUUUUGGAGUAAUAUUUAUACUUGUGUUAAAAUAUUUGCGUUUAUUGCUAUUUAUAGUGUGGUGGCAGAACAUGAAUACAUAGCAGCACUCAGUUGUAUUAAGUUUUUUUCUGUGGUGUGUAUCUGUACCCAAGACAAUUAAAAUAUUAAGUUUUUAA